AUGUCUCCCACCAUGGUGGAACACAACGGCCUGGAUAUUAUGUGUCUGAACAAGUACUGUCACAGUUCAUCCUCGUCGUCCAGCUCCGAGCAGGACAAGAAGAUCUUCACCAAACUAAAGCUCAGUUUGUCAGGGGAUUAUCCGAGGAAGAACGCAGAGAUCCUCAGCGGCCAGUACGGGACCAAUGUGCUGCUGAUCGGGGCUGCGUUGAUGCUGGCUAUCUCGCACCAUGGCCCCUCUGUCAAGGAAGAGCACCUGCUGUCCUUUGUCACCUGCCUCAUGAUCCUCCAGCUGAUCUGGAUGAUGUGGUACAUCCUGGUGCGGGACAGAAGGAAGAACACGAGGACCGAGAAAGACGUCCACGCCACCACAUGCUGGAUAAGAGGUGGUUUGACUCUCCUCGCACUCCUUUCACUGAUUAUGGACGCCUUCCGAAUCGGGUAUUAUGUUGGCUAUCAGUCUUGUGUGUCGGCUGUUCUCGGGGUAUAUCCUGUCAUCCAUGCAACUCACACCAUAGCACAGGUGCAUUUUCUCUGGUUUCACAUCAAGGAUGUCAUCAAGAGUUUUGAAACAUUUGAGAGAUUUGGUGUAAUCCAUGCAGUCUUUACCAACCUCCUCCUCUGGUGCAACGGUGUGAUGUCAGAAGCCGAGCACUUCUUAAACAACCAUAAGAGAAGACUCUCUGCCCUCGGCUACGGAAACCUCACUAUAGCGCACUCAGAGCCCCACUGUAACUGCACCACCAGCACUUGCUCCAUGUUCUCCAGCAGCCUCUUCUAUCUCUAUCCGUUCAACGUCGAGUACCACAUUUUUGUCUCUGCCAUGCUCUUCGUCAUGUGGAAGAACAUUGGGAGGACCAUUGACCUUUCUUCAAACCGUAAGAGGCUUGCUACUAAAACCCAGGGCCUAACCGUAGGCCCCAUUCUGGGUCUACUUUCACUGGCCAGCACUAUCGGGAUUCUGGUGGUCUACCUCACCCAUGUAGAGGAAUCCCUCCAAACUCGUCAGUCAGCCAUUUCCAUGUUCUAUAUUUAUGGCAUUGUCAUGCUGGUGUUCAUGUGCUCUGCCGGUGCUUCAGGUCUGCUUAUAUAUCGAGCGGACCACAUGCCACUGGACACCUCCAAGAACCCGUCCAGACAGCUGGACACAGAGCUGCUGUUUGGGUCUUCUAUAGGCUCAUGGCUCAUGUCAUGGUGCAGUGUAGUUGCCGUGUUAGGCACCAACAGCAGUCCUCCUUACCGCUGGACAAACCUCAUCUACUCUCUGCUCAUUGUGCUGGAGAAGUACAUCCAGAACCUCUUUAUCGUAGAGUCCCUAUAUCGCCAGCAAGAGGAUGGAGAGAGGGAGGAUCCUGAGUUACCAGCCGCUCCAGAAGUCUUCUCGGUGACAUCCUCUUUGGCGCCACCCUACGACGGCAUCAUCAACCGAGCCUACGAGACGCCAGACAGAACCUGUGUGACCAUGGAGAACGACCAGGAGGAAAGCGGACAGGUGUACCGAUGUCCGCGGAAACCUUCUGAGGUGCCGCUGCCUGUGGGAAACAAAGUAAAGGAGCCCCCAAAUAUAAAGAGGCAAAUCCUGAAGAACAUUGCCGUCUUCCUGAUAAUGUGCAACGUUUCGCUGUGGAUCCUCCCUGCCUUUGGCUGCCGUCCACAGUACGACAACGGGUUGGAACAAGAGACAUUUGGUUUCAGCAUAUGGACCACGGUUCUCAAUUUCGCCAUUCCUUUGAACCUUUUCUACCGCAUGCACUCAGUUGCCUCCCUGUUCGAGGUGUUCCGCCGGGUCUGA